AUCGGAAGGCCCAGAGGCAAUGGGAUCCGACGGACAACCCGAGCGAUCCGUUUUCCGUGGCCGCAAAGGAAAAUCUCACAGAGAGAGAGAGAAGACCGUUCCCCAAUAACAACAGUGACUGUGGCCGCUCCUCCCGCCCUGACACAGCCUCGAGACGAAGCCAUGGCGGAUCACAGCAACCGGUACCAGGCGUUGCAGAACGAGGAGGAGCCUGUAGAGGUGUCAGAGUCCGUUGCAGAAGCUGCUCCUCCACCAUACAGCAGCAUUGCUGCAGAUAGCGCAGCCUUCUUUGAUUACAAAGAGGAUUCUUCAUUUCCGAAGCCUCCCUCCUACAGUGUGGCCACCUCGCUGCCCACAUAUGAUGAGGCCGAGCGAACAAAGGUUGAAGCGACCUUGCCUCUGGUUUCUGGGCGGGAUGAUGACUUCUCUGGAAGGGAUGACUUUGAUGACGCAGACCAGCUCAGGAUAGGAAAUGACGGCAUCUUCAUGCUGACCUUUUUCAUGGCAUUCCUGUUCAAUUGGAUUGGCUUCUUCCUCUCCUUUUGUUUGACUACUUCAGCUGCGGGGCGGUAUGGGGCCAUCUCUGGAUUUGGUCUCUCGCUGAUCAAGUGGAUUCUCAUCGUCCGGUUCUCCACUUAUUUCCCUGGAUACUUUGAUGGUCAGUACUGGCUCUGGUGGGUUUUCCUGGUCCUGGGAUUCCUGCUGUUCCUCCGAGGAUUCAUUAAUUAUGCUAAGGUUCGAAAAAUGCCGGAUACUUUUGCUUCCCUGCCAAGGACCAGGGUCCUGUUUAUCUACUGAAGGUUUAAGAUGGUUUCCUGGAGAGAGAUUUCCUGCAUCUGUAGAUCGAACAGCCUCUUCAACUAGCAACUGACACCUGCAGGAAGUGGACUUCACAACCAGGACACCGAAACGAGAGACAGAGAGAGAGAGAGAGUGGGGAGGGGGUGGGUGGGUGGGUGGGAAGGAGGGAAUCACUGCUUUUAAAAAAAAAAGAGGAAAGUCGAGAUGAUGUUUCGUAUCUGUUUUUAGAUGUAAAAUUUUAAUAGUGAAUGCUGAAAAACUUGUAAUCAUUAACUGUUUGGUGGCUACCGUUGAAAGUGCUACUGCAAAACUGGUCUGUGAUGUACUUACUAACAACGCCUUAUUGUUUGUAGUCUUUAACUCGCAUGCACUUUGCCCUUGUAGCCCAGUAGGGGGCGCGAUUGCUUUAUUUUUCCCACCCCCCCCCCCCCCCCCCCCUCCUCCUCCUCCUCCUCCUCCCGGUUCUAUCAUCGGCGAAGUUUUAAAAGAAAUCCAUUAGUAAUAGAAACGAUGCUGGUCAUGAUAUGUUUAAGAUAAAAUGUGUUUCUUCGAGCCUUCAAUCUCUUUAAAGUGGUGAAGCUGAAGUAUAAUAAUUCGCAGAGCCGCUCGUCCGUAUUUUAAGAACACACCAACGCACUUUUUGUGCUCUCUGACAGGUUAUUGGACGGCACCUUCGGGUUUUAUUAUGUUCUAAAGUAUAUGACUGUAAAUAGAUCAAAACAUCUAAUAAAUGUGACUUCUAUAGCAAA